GGCGCCGCCUCGCUCGCUCGCUCGCGCCCUCGCGCCCUCGCCGCCCCGUCGCUCGCCGGCUCGCGCCUCGCUCCGGCUCCUCCAUCUUGGCGGCGGCGGCGGCCGGGAGGAUGCGGCGCCGCCCGGCCGGGGCCCGCCCGAGGAGACGAUGAAGAAGCACCGGCGGGCGCUGGCGCUGGCCUCCUGCCUCUUCCUCUGCUCGCUCGUCUGGCUUCCCAGUUGGCAUGUAUGUUGUAAAGAAAGUUCUGCAGCUUCGUCUUAUUACCCUCAAGAUGACAGUUGUGCACUUGAAAAUGAAGAUGUACAGUUCCAGAAAAAGGAUGAAAGAGAGGAACCUAUCAAUCCUGAAUUGUUGGAAAAAGUGGGUUCAAACUUACCUGUUCCUCCAGAAGAACAUAAAUUAAAAGAUGAUUUCCUUGUGGAUGGACAAAAUGCGGAACCCAAACAGUUAAGUCCGUCUGUGCUUGAGACACUCCCUAUAGUGGAUCUGCAUGAAGAUUCUUCCAGUAUAGUUGUGGACAGUGAAAAUAUUGAAAAUAUCUCCAGCUCAUCUACCUCAGAGAUCACUCCAAUCUCCAAGCUUGAUGAAAUAGAAAAAUCUGGUACUAUUCCUCUAGCCAAGCCUGGUGAAACAGAGCAGGCUGAGACUGACUGUGAUGUUGGUGAGGCCCUGGACGCUAGUGCUCCUGCUGACCAGCCUGCCUUUGUCAGUGCUACUGAAAGCCUUGUUGGCCAGCAUAUAGAAAAUGUAUCAUCUUCACAUGGCAGAGGAAAAAUAACAAAAUCAGAAUUUGAAUCAAAAGUUUCAGGAAGUGAGCAGGAUGGUGGUGAUUCAAAACCUUCAUUGAAUGUUUCAGAUAAUCUAAAAAACGAGAGUUCUGAUCAUCCAAAACCAGGAGAAAUGCACCCUGCAUCUGUAGCAAGCCCCAAAGACCCAGAAGCAAUACCAACUUUUGAUGAAUGGAAGAAAAAAGUCAUGGAAGUAGAAAAAGAAAAAAGUUUGUCUGCAGGUCAGUCAAUGCAUCCAUCUUCUAAUGGAGGUCUCCAUGCCUCAAAAAAGGUCCAGAAAAAUCGAAAUAACUAUGCUUCAGUAGAAUGUGGUGCCAAAAUUUUAGCAGCUAAUCCAGAAGCCAAGAGUACAUCUGCUAUUCUUAUAGAAAACAUGGAUCUUUAUAUGUUGAAUCCUUGCAGCACUAAAAUUUGGUUUGUUAUUGAACUUUGUGAACCAAUUCAAGUAAAACAACUUGAUAUUGCAAAUUAUGAACUCUUUUCUUCUACUCCUAAAGACUUUCUGGUGUCUAUCAGUGACAGAUAUCCCACAAACAAGUGGAUUAAGCUGGGUACUUUCCAUGGUAGAGAUGAGAGGAAUGUUCAGAGUUUCCCUUUAGAUGAACAGAUGUAUGCAAAAUAUGUGAAGAUGUUCAUCAAGUACCUAAAGGUGGAGCUGGUCUCGCAUUUUGGAUCAGAGCACUUUUGUCCACUCAGCCUUAUAAGGGUAUUUGGUACAAGCAUGGUGGAAGAAUAUGAGGAGAUUGCAGAUUCACAGUAUCAUUCAGAGCGCCAGGAACUAUUUGAUGAGGAUUAUGAUUAUCCACUGGAUUAUAAUACUGGGGAGGAUAAAUCUUCAAAAAAUCUUCUUGGCUCUGCUACAAACUUUGCUUUCUUUAAGGAACAGGGAGAAGAGUUAAAAAUCAUAAGGAGAAUCCUUUUAUAUGCCAUUCUAAAUAUGGUGAAUAUUGCUGCUAAUAUUCUGGGAGCAAAAACUGAAGACCUGGCAGAAGGAAAUAAAAGUAUAUCUCAGAAUGCCACUGCCACGGCUGCACCGGAAAUGCCAGGCCCGGCUCCCGUUUCCAGUCCUGUUCCAGCACCUGAGCUUGUGCCCACUGAUGGACACAGACAUGGCAUGGAGCAGUCACCACCAGAUUCUCCGAAGGAAAGUCCCAUUGUGCAGCUGGUUCAGGAGGAAGAUGAGGAGACAAGUCCUUCUACAGUGACCCUUCUUGGCAGUGGUGAACAAGAGGAUGAAUCUCCACCGUGGUUUGAGGCAGAGACACAAAUAUUUUGCAGUGAACUGACCACAAUUUGUUGUAUUUCUAGUUUUUCAGAAUACAUAUAUAAGUGGUGUUCAGUCCGAGUUGCUUUUUAUCGGCAGCGCAGCAGAACUGCUCUGAGUAAGGACAGAAAGGGCGCAUCAGCUGAGGUCCCGGAGCUGCGGCCUGCAGAAUCUGAAGAUGCUUCAGUAUUGCAGCCUCCAAGUGGAGAUUUGGACAGUAAGAGGAGGGAGGAGGACGCUGACAGCAGUGUUUCUGGUGACUUAGGGGCAGGCCCAGGUGAUCUGGGGAAUAACACUGCAGAUGCCAUUGAACUUGAACCAAGCCACCCGCAAACUCUUUCCCAGUCUCUUCUCCUAGACGUUACUCCAGAAAUCAGUUCUUCAUCGAAAAUGGAAGUAUCUGACUCUGUUAAGCUUGAAACAGGAUACCUGUCAUCCCAGGCCGUUUCCCAAGAAAAUGAGGCUGAGGUUGCUAAUGAAACAGAAAAGCCGGAGAGUUUUGGUUCUGGAGAAAAGCCAACGGUGAUCUAUGAAACUAAAAAAGCAAAUGAAGCAACAGACGCUAUUGUAAAAGAAGACAUAAGCCCCACGCGGACAAUCACAGAUGUGCCGGAAACAGUUGUGCCGAUGGCGAGCACAGCGACCGUGCCGGACGGUGAGGACGGGGAAGCCAAAACAAGCACAGCUGAUGCACCAAAGCAGACAGUGACUCCUGCGGUGGACUCUUCGCCCCCUGAGAUCCGAGAGGAGGAGCAGUCUCCGGAAGACGCCCUUCUCAGGGGGCUGCAGCGCACAGCUACAGACUUCUAUGCUGAACUGCAGAAUUCUACAGAUCUGGGAUAUGCCAACGGAAAUCUGGUGCAUGGAUCCAACCAAAAGGAGUCGGUAUUUAUGCGGCUCAACAAUCGUAUUAAGGCCUUAGAAGUUAACAUGUCUCUCAGCGGUCGCUAUCUCGAGGAACUUAGCCAGAGGUACAGAAAACAAAUGGAAGAAAUGCAGAAGGCUUUCAAUAAAACGAUAAUAAAACUUCAGAACACUUCAAGAAUAGCAGAGGAACAGGAUCAGCGGCAGACGGAAGCCAUCCAGGUGCUCCAGGCACAGCUGACCAAUAUGACCCAGCUUGUUUCAAACUUGUCAGCCACAGUGGCAGAACUGAAACGGGAGGUUUCAGAUCGACAAAGCUAUCUUAUCAUAUCUUUGGUUCUCUGUGUUGUCUUGGGACUAAUGGUCUGCAUGCAGCGCUGUCGAAAUGCCUCUCAGUUUGAUGGUGAUUAUAAUUCAAAACUUCCUAAAAGUAAUCAGUAUCCAAGCCCUAAAAGGUGUUUCUCUUCCUAUGAUGAUAUGAAUUUGAAAAGGAGAACUUCAUUCCCACUCAUCAGAUCCAAGUCUCUGCAAUUCACUGGCAAAGAAGUAGACCCACAUGAUUUGUACAUCGUUGAACCCCUCAAGUUUUCUCCAGAAAAAAAGAAGAAACGCUGCAAGUACAAAACUGAAAAGAUCGAGACCAUAAAGCCAGCAGAACCGUUGCACCCUGUAGCCAACGGAGACCUAAAAGGAAGGAAGCCCUUUACAAACCAGAGAGAUUUUUCUAACAUGGGAGAAGUUUACCACUCUUCGUAUAAGGGUCCGCCUUCAGAAGGAAGCUCAGAAACCUCGUCACAGUCAGAAGAAUCUUAUUUUUGUGGCAUUUCAGCUUGCACAAGUCUGUGCAACGGACAGUCUCAAAAGACAAAAACUGAGAAGAGGGCUUUGAAACGGAGGCGGUCGAAAGUCCAGGAGCAAGGAAAACUGAUAAAAACUCUGAUACAGACUAAGUCGGGGUCCUUGCCGAGCCUGCACGACAUCAUCAAAGGAAACAAAGAAAUCAGCGUGGGCACCUUCGGGGUCACUGCGGUCUCGGGGCACAUCUGAAGUGAACCAUACUUUGCAGACUGGAGACUUGUUGUUCUUUGAAGAACAGUCUGUGGUAUUUGGAGGGUCUGGGGGAGGGAGGAAAUACGAAUGGGAAAAGUGUUCUGAAAUUAAGGCUCCUGCCUUUUUAAAGAGUAGUAGGAUCGUGUCAGUCUCGGGUAAUGAGCUCCAGUUGCACCAGGCUGAUCACUUCCUACAAGGACUCCGGUAGAUAUUUUAUAAAGAUGUUUUUCCAGCUCCUGGGACCAAAGUCAUUUGGAAGCCCAGUCCCUUGGGUGGGAUAGGAAUGAAAGACUAAACCUCUUCCUUUAGCUUUGUUCCUAUUUCUCGCACCUCCCCAUAUUUAUGUGCCUUUCGUCUAUUUAUAAUGCCACUGGAAGAGGAGGGAAACCCUUUUCUGUUGUUUGAUUUCUUUUGUAACUUUGUUAGCUGCAAACACUACAAGGCUUUGAGGCGAUCUGGGCCUGAGUUCAGUGACAUGGUCCGACAGUGGAAAACCUGGAGAUUUGUCCAGCCAGCCCGCUCUUGAGCAAACUCACUGGAACAAUCACUGGCAUUUUUAAACCCUGUUCUGGAGGGAAACGAGGAUGCCUGAUGCUGUUGAUGUUAUUUCCCUUUAGCUCAUUCACACUUGUUUUCUUUGGUCACUAACUCAAUGAGGGAAAGUCCCUAAAGGAUCUUUUUUUU